UUCUCACAUAAAAAUCCGGAAGUCGGGUGUAUGAUUGCAGAGAAUUGAUGACUUCUUGAGGAGAAAGGAGUUUACCUGGCUGGAGGACAGAUGAGGAAGAGAAAAGGCGAGAAACAUAGAAUUAAACAAGACACAAAGCAGAGAAGAAGAAGAAGACGAAGAAGAAAUGAAUAGAACAAGUGAAGAAAAAGUAAACGGCAGCAACGCCUGACGACUGACUUUGAGUUUAUUUUCUUUUCUUCUGCUGCGGCUGCAAAUCAAAGAGGAUCCUGAGUCAACCAGGUGCGCUCAUGCCACGCCCCUUCACGUUAACGCUUUGAACAGGAGGAUGGAUGGAAAUGGCUCAGCAGGAAAUCCCAAUGCUGCCACGUCUGUGUCACUUCCUGCCCACACUAAUGAGGAGACGGUUCAACUACCUGAUUGGAUCUCAGCUUCUAAGGAGGAUGACGGGCUGAACAGAGAGUUAGUCAGUUUGCUGCAGUCCCAGAAAGUCCAGAGUCCUGCAGAGACCCAACAGACUGCAGAGGAACCAGACCAGCUGGGUCUGACCAAACACAAUAACCACAAGGAUUCUCCAACAGAAGAACAGAAACCAGGGGAUUCUACAACCAAAUCAUAUCAGCUAAAAUCAAAUCAUCUUCCCACACAGGAUCAAAAACUGAGAGAUUCACCUCCAACAGAGAAACAGAAAAUCGAAGAUUGUUCUCACACAGAUCAAACAAAACCAGCUAAGCCAGAUCAAGAUAAUCCAGAUCCUCAUCCUGCAGAGCAACAAAAGCUGGAAGAUUCAUCUAUGACAGAUAAAAAGGGAAGAAAAGAUUCUCAACCAAAACCAGAUCAACUUUCUCCAACCAAACCAGAUUCUCUUCAUACAGAUCAAAAGAAACCAGGAGAUCCUCUGUCGACAAAACAUGAACAAAACCCAUGCACUGCUCAGGAGCACCAAACCCACGAAGAUCUUUGUUUUACAAACCAGAAAACCGAAGAGCCUGCUCCUCUUCCUCCCUUAAAGGAUUUAACUUCAACCUUUGAAGAACAGAACCAGAGGGAUCUCAAGCCCCACCUUUCUGAGUCUAAAGACCAGCAGCACCCCCAGGAUCCACCUUCAGAGAACCUCACUGUAAUCACACCUGAGAGGCAUCAAGCCCCUCCUCCUCCUCAUCUGAAUAGCCAGCAGGCUCAUCCUCCCGUUGCUGACCAGAAGAACUUGUCUUCAACACAGGUUCUGCCUGUCCACCCUACUGAAGCAUCAACCCUGGCUCUGCCGUUCCAGGAUGCACCCCUUCCCAUUGAGAAGUUUUGUGACCAGAUGCAGCCCUUCCCUCAAGUUUCUUCUUCAGGUGAACCCAAACUAUGUGGCUUCCUCCUGAAGCAGGGAGGCCCCCUGAAGGCCUGGAAGCUGCGCUGGUUCACCUACGAGGACAAGAAGAACCAGUUGUUUUAUUACCGCACGCCACAGGAUGUGACACCACUGGGACGGGUGGAGCUCUGCAGCGCCUCCUUCACCUACCCACUGAAGGCUGAGAAGGGCACCUUCCACAUCAAGACACCUGAACGCACCUUCAUACUGAAGGCUGUGUCCCAGGAGGUCAUGCUCUAUUGGCUGCAGCAGCUUCAGGUGAAACGUUGGCAACACAGACAGAUGUCUACCUGUACAACCCUGACAAAGUGCAACAACUCUCAAGAUGACUUCCUGCCGCUGUUGAAGAGCCCUCCAGGUCUGGUGGGGGAGGAAGCGGCCAAUUUACAGUUGCAGCGAACGCCGCUCGCCAAUGUGUCGAUCAAGCAUCCGCUCAUCGAGAUUCAAAACUCAGUCUACAGUCUUCGUAAGAGGUCGUCUCAGGAGUAUAGUCAGAGUGUGUUUCAUGUAGAAGCUCCACUGUGGAUUCCCUCAAACUCCGCAGACACCAACAACAUGACGGCACUCAGGACUCCCACUGAACCUCCGACCCCAUCCACUCCCAUCUUAUUGGCUGAGCCAUCAGGUCAGGUGUCUCCGGCGGAUGGCAGAGAGUCGCCUUCGCUGUUUGACAGCUGGAGCAGGAAGACAAAGAAUCGCAGCUCGCCCAGCAUGCCGGUCUUCCGCCGAGACACUUUGUCCUCGUCUUCAGAAAGGACGUCUCGCCUCCAGCAGGAGAAACAGAUGCUGAUGGAAGAGGUCAAAGCUCAGAAGGAGCUGGUGUGGAUCCUUCACAAAGCCUUGGAAGCUUCUCAACUGGAGAAGCGAACCUGUACAGAGUUUCUGGCGGCGACGGGCGAGCAAGAACGCCUGGAGCUGCUGCGGCACCGCGAGCGGCAGGCAGCUGACCUGCGAAGCCGAUUGGAGGAGAUGAAGAUGGAGGUGGAGGCCUUGAGGAGGAGUCUGGCUCAGAGAGAUGCACAGUUGGCUGAACUGCAGGAGGACGUUAGGAAAUUGGUGGAGAAGAACAGCGCCAAGCAGGCGGUCAUCAUAAAGCUGUCUGAUCAGAUGACUGCUUUUAUGUCCAAUCCAUCUGUCCUGUCCUCCAGCUGUGAUUUGGACUCUCAGACCCUCGGAGAGCUACAGCAGGAGAUCGGGAACCUCAAGGACGAUAUCGAGGCAUAUAAGACUCAGAACAAGUUUCUGAACUCCGAGAUCUACCAGCUGACCAAACUGUGGAGGAACAGCUCUGAGCAGGAGAAGAGUCUGAUGGUGAAGUGUGCCUACCUGGAGGCCACUAACUGUCAGGUGGAGAGCCGUUACCUGGGUGUCCUGAGGCAGCUGCACGACAUCAAAUCUUUGGAUCCUGUCCAGCGGAGGGCCGUCCAGAGGAUGAUUGCGGACGCUUUGAAAGGAGAGCUGAAGAGUGUCGUCAAGCUCAAUGUGGCCAGUGAUCACGAUGAAUACGGCUUUAAAAUCAUCCCAGACUAUGAGGUAGAGGACAUGAAGCUGCUGGCAAAGAUUCAGGCGCUGGAGAUUCGCUCACACAACCUGCUGCACCAGGAGGGUGUAGAGCACCCCCUGCUGAAUCGCUGGGCUCAGUAUCUUGCUGGCAGGUCAGAUGACAACUUUUCCUCACCGGAGCUCAAAAGCCUGCUGCGAAUCGGCAUCCCUCAGGAGUACCGACAGCGGGUGUGGCGCUGGAUGGUCCGAGCCAGAACCAGGACAAUCAGAGAGCAUCACCCACAGCGCUACCAGCAGCUGUGUGAGAAGAGUCGGACAUCUCCUCAUUCAGCCUCCAGACAGAUCGAGCUGGACCUCCACCGCACCCUGACAACCAAUCAGCACUUCUCCUCACCCUCUAGCCCCGCCCUUCAGCAGCUCCGCCGAAUCCUGUUGGCCUUCUCCUGGCAGAACCCUGCAGUUGGCUACUGCCAGGGACUCAACAGGCUUGCGGCCAUCUCUCUGCUGGUCCUUCAAAAUGAAGAAGAUGCCUUCUGGUGUCUGGUGGCCGUGGUGGAAACCAUCAUGCCUCAGGACUACUACACCAAAAACCUGGUGGCCUCUCAGGCGGACCAGCGAGUGCUGAAGGACUUCUUGGCAGAGAAGCUUCCCCGUCUGGCGGCUCACUUUGAGGAUCACAGCAUCGAUGUGUCUCUCAUUACCUUCAACUGGUUCCUGGUGGUUUUUGUGGAGAGCCUGCCCAGCGACAUCCUGCUGCCGCUGUGGGACGCCUUCCUGUACGAGGGCACCAAGGUGACCUUUAGGUACGCUCUGGCUCUCUUCAAAUACAAAGAGGACGACAUCCUGAAGAUCCACAACAGCGUGGAGAUCUACCAGUAUCUGCGUUUCUUCACCAAGACCAUCUCUGAUGGCAGGAAGCUGACCAACAUCGCCUUCAGUGACAUGAACCCUUUCCGCCGCCGCCUGCUGAGGAACCGGCGAGCUCUUCACCUGGAUCGCCUGCAGGGUGAGCUACGAGAGCUGGAGGAACAGCAGAAGGCCUUCGUCACAGAGAGCGCAGAACGUAAAGAUAAAGAGCUCGACACCAUGGUCAGCGAGGAUGACGAGGAACUCUGAUGACUGCAAAGAGUUUAUUUUCAGAAACUUUUUAGCUGCUGACACUCAACACAUGGUUGCUUCUUACCACAAAACUAAAGCUGUUGCACCAACUGAACUUCAGUUUAAUCCUAAACUCGAGUGUAAAGACAACACUAAACAGUUACUUUGACACUGAACUCAUCACACUAUAGUAUAACUAAGGCUACGUUUCUAUGUUCUUACGAAGGCCCUUUGGGUUCAACUGAUGAGAAACAAUGUUCACAUGUAAAUCUGUUCUUGGUUACUCAUUUUAAUUCAGAGCUAUUUAUUUUGACCAUUGUAACCAAAUAUUAUAACAUUCAUACUGAUUCCACUAUAAUAUGUCUGCAUAUUCCAGUCUGUCACAUAAUAAUAAUCACAUCCAGAAUUAGAAUGAGAAAAUAAAAAAUAAUAGCAAAAAUUAGGUCUUAUAACAAAUAGUAAUAUGCAGACAUGGGCAAGGUCUGUAUCACAGAUUUGUCAGCAGUUUUCUUAGCAGACCCCAGGGGCCACUGUGCAAAUAAGAAAAAAUUCAGAUGAGAAUUUGGACUUUGGAUUUCAGUUACAUUAGGUCACAUAUCUGUCUCUGUUGGUCAAAAACCUGAAUCCCUCUUUGUUUUCUGGGCUGCGGGAAAUCAGGGUCCACCCUCCUCCAGUCCAGAAAGAGGUGCUGAUGCACCUGAAACUGUGCAAAGGACUGGCAAAAGACCAGAAGAACAUCUUUAGCCAUUUGCUAUGCUAGCUAGCAAGUAUUCACAACAACAAUAUUACACUGAAAAUAAGCAGCGUAACUCAACACUAAACUAAAUCUUUAAACUGACUGUGAACUCACACACAAAACGCUGCAGGUAUGAAACUGUCUAAAACGUUUGUAAGCAUAAAUGUCUCACGGGUUUGAUACCUGAAGACACUGAACUGUGUCAGCCUGCGCGGACGAAAACAUUGAUAAUAAUGGAAAGAUAAACCUCUACUACUGCCAUCUAUAUAAAUAGUGUUGCAGUGUCAUGUAGUCUUCAUGCUUUACUUUUUGAUUGUGAUGUUAUGACUGUGGCUUGAUGUCGUUUUGUUUGUUACUUUUGGGGUAAAGUCAAAUGACUUGCUAGCUUAAAAGUGGCCUGUGUUUAACAGAAAGCCACAGAGGAGUCAGACUGAAGCAAAUUUUCACCCGGUGUUGUCAGUGCAAAUUUCACUUUUUGACUGUUUCUGCAGUCCAUAUUUAGCCAAUUUUAUUUGUGUUUAGUUCAGCAUCUAAAGCUAAAAAACACAGUUUUGUUGUGUUUUGUCUGCUUUUUAGCUCUAAGUUGUGGCAAACAUUGUCACAGUCUUGUCACAGAUUUAUUUUUAAAUACAGUCAUCUUCUGGUAUCAUAUAUGAAACCAAAAAUUUUCCAAAAAAAAUAAAUGGAACAGGCAAAAUAAUCUACAAACUGCUCUGUCCAGUUUUAACCACGCAGCAGGAAUCUGUUGUGCCCAUUUAGUGGACUGUGUUCUGCAGGGCCGUCAAGAUGGUUCUGACUUUGGGUUUACAACUAUUCCAAACCAAAUUAUUAAACAUUUUGACUUGACUAAUAUCUGUAUUAACUACAUUCAUACAAUUCUUAAAUGAGAUACAAUGAUUUUGUAAAAUAAUAUAUUAAUUUUUAUUAAUAUAUUAAUUAAUUAAUUAAUUAAUAUUUCACAACAAGAGAGAAGAAGAGAGAGAAAAAAUAAUAAUAAUAGAUCAGUUCACUGAAGAAUAGAACCAUAUUUUAUUUAGGGCUAAACCAUUACAGUUUUUCCACAGUUGUUUUUGAAUCCUCCUGUUCUUUUCUCAGAAUUCUAAACACAAAACUUUAUGCUCAAACUACAUUCACAAAACCUCUGAUUCUUUUUGCAAAAUCAUACCAUCACCUCAAAAUAGUUUUACAUGUGCUCAAAACUGAACAAUGUUGUCAGAUCUUGCACAAAUCGGACAAAAUAGAAAAAGUGCUGAGCAGUCAUUAGACACUACACCAAAAAAAAUGAAAACACAGUGGUCAAGGCAUUUUGUUUAUGGAGAAAUGUUUAUUGGUCACAAUAAAGUAUAACAUAUGCAUUUUGUAUCUCCAAAAAUAAAGACAAAAAAGAUUUCAAAGCU